CCGCUAAUUUGUAUCCUCGAGGUGCAGAUUGGUCACGUUUCGAAUGGCUGGCGCCAGCAUCUCUUCAAUCUCCACCUCGGGCUGGCUGAUACGCCGAAACUCAAAAUCUAGGGUUUCAACUGUCUUUUUCUCCUCUUCUGCAAGUCGUAGUUCGAUCCCAGAGCGACCUCCGCCACAGGUCGGAGGCAACUACAGUGGGAUUCGACUGUCUGAGACGGUGGAGCUUGGCUUCGAGAAAACAAGGGUCGACUCCUGGAUCUCCUCGCGGAUUCCAGGCAUAAGCCGAGCUCGAGUGCAGCAUAGCAUCCGCUCCGGUCUCGUGACUGUCAACGGCCGCAUCAUAGAAAAGGUGACGUGGGCUCCCACCAACAGUUGCAGUGUUUCACAUAUUAUAAAAGGAGGGGACAAAGUUAGUUGCACGGUUUGCCAGUUGGAACCAUUAAAGGCAGAACCAGAGGAGAUUCCUUUGAAUAUAGUCUUUGAAGAUGAACAUGUUCUUGUUGUAAAUAAACCUGCUCAUAUGGUGGUGCACCCUGCUCCUGGAAGUGCUAAUGGCACGUUAGUGAAUGCUUUACUUAAUCAUUGUCAGCUUUCAGCAGUUGCUUGUGUUAACAGACAAAGUUCCUUCGAAACUGAAGAUAAUGACUUAUUUGAUAAUGAGGUUAAUGACUUCUAUUUUGGCCAUUCUUGUGAGGCGUUCAAACAAAGCAGUGAGGCUCUUGUUCGCCCAGGCAUUGUACAUAGAUUGGACAAGGGUACCAGUGGUCUGCUUGUUGUAGCCAAGGAUGAACAUUCUCAUAAGCAUUUGGCUGAGCAAUUCAAGCUGCACACUAUCUAUAGACUAUAUGUUAGUCUUACAUCUGGAGUCCCAUCACCAAGUUCUGGACGGAUUGAGAUCCCAAUAGCUCGUGAUUGCAAUAACAGAACCCGUAUGGCUGCUGUUUCAGUGUCAAGUAGCAGCAGAAAUGCUCGAUAUGCUGCCAGUAGGUAUAAAGUAGUGGAAGUUUUUGCUGCUGGCGGAUCCGCACUGGUGCAGUGGAGACUGGAAACUGGACGCACUCAUCAGAUACGUGCACAUGCAAAGUACCUGGGAAUUCCAUUGUUGUGUGAUGAGCUUUAUGGAGGCACAGAAGGCUUGGCACUGUCACUGCUGAAGUCAAGGCUUCCUGUGAAUUGCCAUGCUCUUGUAUCAGAGAUGAUAUCCAAGCUAGAUAGGCCUUGCCUUCACGCUCAGUCACUGGGGUAAGGAAAAUUAGUUUAAAAAACAUCGG